CCUGCAGGUGGCAGCACUGAGCCCAGAGGGGGAAGAGGUCGCUGCUGUGACGGUAGAAAAAUGCUUUAGUCCGAAUUAAACGUUAAUUCAUGACAAUUUAACCGAUCAAAGCCGCGCUCGGUCCUCUGACAAUGAUGGCCUCCAGCUACAAAGACGAGGACGGACACAUCAGCGUGUCGGGAUCCGGCGCUCCAGCCGGGGCCGUGGGCGACUCUCUGCGGAGCAAGAAGCCUGAAAACACCGCCUUCAAGCAGCAGAGACUCCCGGCCUGGCAGCCCAUCCUCACCGCGGGGACCGUCCUGCCCGCCUUCUUCAUCAUCGGCCUCAUCUUCAUCCCCAUCGGCAUCGGCCUCUACGUGACGUCCAACAACAUCAAGGAGUUCGAGAUCGAUUACACGGGCGUGGACGUGUCCAGUCCGUGCUUCGACUGCUCCCAGAAGCUGAGCUGGAACAGCACCAGGCCCUGCACCUGCUCCAUCACCUUCCAGCUGGACCAGCCCUACGAGAGCAACGUCUUCAUGUACUACGGCCUGUCCAACUUCUACCAGAACCACCGGCGCUACGUGAAGUCCAGAGACGACAGCCAGCUGAACGGCAACGAGGAGUCGCUGAGGAAGCCCAGUAAGGAGUGUGAGCCGUACGCCAAGCACAGCAACAAGCCCAUCGCGCCGUGCGGAGCCAUCGCCAACAGCAUGUUCAACGACACCCUGGAGCUGUUCUACAACGAGCCGAACGGAACCAGGGUCCAGAUCCCCCUGACGGCCACGGGCAUCGCCUGGUGGACGGAUAAACACGUGAAGUUCAGGAACCCCGGGGGGGAGAACGGGAACCUCACCGCUGCUUUUCAAGGAACGGCCAAGCCGGUGAACUGGCGCCGGUCCGUCUACGAGCUGGACGCCGACCCGGACAACAACGGCUUCAUCAACGAGGACUUCAUCGUGUGGAUGAGAACCGCCGCCCUGCCCACGUUCCGUAAGCUGUACCGGAUCAUCCAGAGGCGGAACAACCUGCUCCCCACGCUGCCCAGGGGGAACUACACCCUGGAGGUGGUGUACAAUUACCCGGUGCGCAGCUUCGAGGGCAGGAAGCGGAUGAUCCUCAGCACCAUCUCCUGGAUGGGGGGCAAGAACCCCUUCCUGGGCAUCGCCUACAUCACCGUGGGCUCCGUCUGCUUCCUGCUGGGCGUCGUCCUCCUCAUCAUCCACCACAAAUACGGCAACCGCACCAACGGCGCCGACAUCUCUCACUGAGGGACGGACCGCGGCUCGGACCGCGGCUCGGUUCUGCUGCAGCCAGCAUCUUCACCUGGGAGGCGGAACAUCAGAGCCGCUUGUUGAGCGUCCCCACGGC